GGGGCCUCGAACUGUUUAGUCUGUGAUCGCGGCCUCAGUGAACCGGUCGCGGAUUGACCUCACACGGUAAAACCAAUUAUUUCAUGCCGAAAAUGAGGGCAAUUAGUUUAAUAAUUGCAGUAACGACGGCGAUAAGUUGCCAGGCAGCUCUACCGGAACUUCGCUUUGCUUGGAAAGAAGUUGAUUACGUUUGGGACUCACCGGCUCAACGUGAAACAGCAGUUAAAGAUGGACUUUUUGUGCCAGCCAAUAACCUUCCUUUAGGUUUAGCUAGAUGGAAGAACAAAGUUUUCGUAACAGUGCCAAGAUGGAAGAACGGGGUGGCGUCGUCGUUAAAUUAUGUCGAUUUGGAUGGUGCCCAGGAUCAACCACUGAAACCCUAUCCAUCAUUAAAAGAGAACCUUGUCUCUGAUUCCGCUAAAGAAUUACCGUCAAAUAGUUCUAUUAUAUCUGUUUUUAGAGUAUUCGUUGAUCCUUGUGACAGACUUUGGGUAAUGGAUUCCGGGUUGGCAGAUAUUUUAGGAUCACCAAAUCAAGUAGCCGGGCCCUCUUUGGUUAUUUUUGACUUAAAUACAAAUCAAUUGAUUCAUCGCUACUUCUUCAAAGUCUCCGAUAUGAAAGAAGAUUCAUUCUUCGCUAACAUCGUGGUUGAUGUAGAUAAAAAUACAUGCGACAAUGCCUUCGCUUACGUGCCAGACUUGGGAGGCUACGGAGUCGUGGUUUAUAGCUUGAAGCAAGAUGACUCAUGGCGCGUCACCCACCACUACUUCCACUUUGAACCAUUGGCUGGAACUUACAACGUCGGUGGCAUCGAGUUUCAUUGGACCGAUGGAGUGUUUGCUUUGGCGCUCUCCGAGCCAAGAGAGAAUGGGUUCCGUACGAUGUUUUUCCAUGCAUUCUCGAGCACCAAAGAAUUCUGCGUAUCAACUGAACUCCUCAGAAACUACACACACAUUGACAAAACCGAGGCAUUCCACGACUUCAAGCUUUUAGGCGAUAGAGGUGAACGUACCCAAUCUUCGGCCAGCUACUACGAUACAAAUACGAGUGUACUGUUUUACACACAGAUAAACCGCAAUGGUAUUGGCUGUUGGAAUUCGAAUAAGCCGUACACGCCUGAAAACAAUCCUCUGCUCUUCAAUGAUUCAACAUUGUUCGAGUUUCUUAACGACUUAAAGGUUGACGACGAAGGCACUCUAUGGUUACUAAGUGACAAGCUGCCUCGCUUCAUUUACAAGUCCCUCGACCCGAAUGAGAUCAACUAUAGAAUAUUUAGCAUGAAGGCUUCGGAUGCCAUUGCUGGAAGCGCUUGUGAAUAAAUGUCUAUUAAUUGUGACAAACAAAUGUACAAAUGUGAGAUAAAUACCUAAUUCUUUAUAGUUUUCGCUAGUAUUAUUAUAUUACUUACACUUAUUUUAUAUAAUACUCUAACUUUAUAUUAUAUGAAUCAAUAAACUGCUUAGAUCAAAAUUACAGCAAUAAUUAAAUUAUGUAAUUUAAAAUAAGGUGCAUAAUUUUUUUGUAAUGUUUAUUUUAAGACUGACGAAAGAAUACCUUUGUGUCGAAACCAACUGUCGCCAAAAACUGUUCGGUAACACUGUAAAAGUCUGCCUGUCUGUGGUCCUGGUUUUUGUAAUAUACCUACAUAUGUACUAUAUGUACAUUACAAAAAUCAGCACCGAGUCGCAAUCGAAACUAAGAUCGUUUCGAACUUUCGCGACGACUGUGUCAAAGGAUAAAAUGGUUCUCAGUCGGCUUUUAAUAAAACUGUAAUGUAUGAACUGUUGUUGGAGCAUUGUUUCAAUUUCCUUUAACAAUAUAAUUUAUAAUACAUUUAUAUUUGUUAAGUAAUGCUUAAUAAUUACAUUAUAUAAUUGUAAUCAUUUAUUUAAUGUAAAUAAUAAUAUUAGAUGUUUACAAUACUGUGUCUUUUUUAUUUUAUAUUCAAUCAUAGUUAGUAUAAUUUGUUAAUUAGAAUAUAUAUUAACGUAAUAACAAGCCUAUCUGAUGGUCAAUGUCAGGGGUUAUCAAAUCGAGGUCACUGAUUGUAAAAUUACACAACAAUAUAAAAUAAAUAUAAACCGAAACUGGAA